UGUACUUCGUGCUUCUUGCUUCAUGCUUCGAGCUGCUUGCGGCGGAGCUUCCAACAAUGUGUGGCCACCGUGCAGAUUAUGAAAUUUGCCAUUGCCAACAACGCAACGCGAUGCGAGGGGGAAGGAAAAAGAGAAUCAAAAACACGGGGGAGAAUGCCAUGCGGCCAGCAGCAAUUUAUAUGAUUGCAUAUUAUUGCGUUUUACAUAUAUCAGACCUCUUUGAUUCACUCCUGUGCGUGCAUCUCGGCGGACCGCCAGUGAUAUAUAUAUAUAUAUCUACCUAUUUACUUCUCUCUUUAUAUAUAUGUAUAUAGAGAGGCAUAUAUGCCACUCUCACAUUCCAACAAGCGGAUGACAGGAGAGGAGGUAAAAUGAUGUUCAUCGCUUGCCUGAUGGCCGUGGCCAUCGCCCCGGGCCUUGUAUCAUCAACGCCAACUCCAAGUUCCAGGGAAAUUCUUGCCCCCCGCCGCGCCGUAAGCAUCCAACCCGGCCAACUCAUAAUAGACACUUUCGCCCGCCUCCAGCAACCCAGCCAACCUGGCUUCAAUGAAACCACGACCAGUACCGCCGCCUCCGCCUGUGCUCUGAGCCCUAACUUCGACGCCUCUGCCUCCGAACCCACCGCGCCCCUCGCAUACAUCAACCCCGCCCUCCUCCACGAGGGUCAAGGAAACAGCAACAGCAGCAGCAGCAGCAGCAAAUUCAAAAGCAACAGCAGCGCUAGUGCCAGUGCCAGUGCCAGUGCCAGUGCCAGUGCCAACGGCACGAGCCUCUGCGGCGCCUCCAUCAUAGUUAUCAACCCGUUUUUGACCAAGGCGAUAGCCGCGACGGUUGGGGGCGGUUGUGGGAACUGUUCGCUGUAUGAUCUUGAACUGUCGGAGGUGGCAUGGCGGGAGUUGACGGGGACGGGGCCAGUUAGGGAGGGAGGAGGGGAGGAGGGGGAACCUGAGGGGUUGAAACCGGGCUCUGUGUGGAAAGCUAAAAGAGAGAAUAUUAGUGUUUCUAUUCAGUGGAUGAUUUCACCACUUUUAUCAGCCAACAGUGGUCCACAGGUGUCGCUCGAUAUCGGUCAGAAACAAAGUCUGAAUACGAGUCAGGCUUCAAAUACGUCUAACAAGGCGCGUGUUCCCGUCUCUCCUGGAAUGCGCCAAGUGCGAAUAUGGGAAUCAUGGCAGAAGGAGAGGGGGUAAGGGAGAUUGCUAGAAUUAUUUUUUUAGGGGGGAAUUGGAUCUGUUAUCUAUUGCACAAUUUGACAUCACCCAUGUUUAUUUCUAUCAUCAUCUUUCUGUAUUAUUAUUCUUUUUCUUCACCUUCCUUUUUAUCAUUAUAAGAUUUCCCCCUGGAAUUGAUAUAUAUAUUUGUUGCCUUUUUACCCCCUUGUCCCAACUAAUCAUGCUACAAAGGACAAAACAGGCCCAUGACCCAUCUGCCAUACGGUAGUCGUCAGAAAAUUUCCAUCUUGCUCAAACAGCCUCGCCCAAAUCUAUGUGCAGCGCACACAGACGAAGCGCAGUGAGCGGCUUAACUCAACUCAUCUCGCCCGCUAGCCAGCCAGCAUAACAUGACACGCCGCCCUUGGGCGGAGAUAUUAGGCGGGAUAAAAGGGGAUGGAUGGCGGGUAUGUCAGAAGUGACAUGCUUUGUUUUUGUUCACCUUCAUCAUAAAUAUAUACAUAUAUAUAUGUACCUUGAUUUUGCGCCCCUUUGCUCCAAAGUCCAAGGCGCGUUUUCGUCUUCCCAAGUGUGUGUAUCAUUCAAUCAAUCAAGCCAAAGAAGUAGGAAAACAGGGAAAACAAGGCAAGAAGAGGAGGGAAUAAAAAAAAAAAAAAAAAAAAAA